AUGCCAGACCGCCGGUACGCUCCGCUCGGGGGCGGCGCCAAGACGCCGCGCACGCGCCUCAUCGCGCUCUUCGGUGCCGUGUUCAUCGGCACGCUCGUCCUCCUCACCCACCCCCCGCUUGGGGCACCGCUCGUUAGCCCGUGGUCCAAGGCGUCACCAGAUACGGUUGCGUCGAGGGCCGACGCUGCGCGCGACGCGUUCGUAGCGUUCGCGCGCAGCUUCCCGCAGAUUGACACGAGCCAUCCCCGGGUGCCCGAAAAGGAGGACGAGGACGCCGCGACGACAACGACGGGCACCGAGGCGCGGCGCGCGGCGCCGACUAAGGCCGUCAUCGCUCGGGAUGUGGAGGACGAGGACGAGGAUGACGAGGGGCAGGAGGGAGAGGGGGAGGAAGAGGACGAGGACGACGAGGCGGCCGAGGAGGGCAGCAGCAGCUCGAUUCUCCCCCCGCCCCGGACACGCAGGCUGAAUACGCCGCGCACGCGACCCGUCCCGGACAACUACUACGUCGCGCGGCUGCGCGACGGGCGGACAGAGUUUGACUGGUCGAGCACGCGGCGGUUGUUUGUCUUCGGCGACUCGUUCUCGUCCAUCGGGUCAAACUAUCGGCAACGCGGCGUAGGCAGCGGCCACCCCGGCCACCUGGACGGCAAGAUCGGCCUCAAGUGGAGCGACUACCUCUACUCGACGUUCAAGGACCCGCGCGAGACGGGAUACUGGAACUUUGCACGCGACGGCGCGACGAUCGACCUGCAACUCGUCCCACCCCGCCUCGAAGAGUCCGGCGCGCUCGACAACCAGGUGGACGAGUUCCAAGCGCUCUUCACGCCGAUGCCCGGCCCGGCCGCGGUCGACUGGGACUCGGCGACGUCCCUCUUCGUCGUGCUGCUGGGCAUCAACGACGUGCGCGAGAUGGCGCGGCGCGAGUUUUCGCCGCCGGCGCUGCACCGCACGUCGUCGGCGCUGCCCCGCGCGCUGAUGACCAGAGCAGGCAAGCUGUACCGCUCUGGCGCGCGGCACUUCCUGUUCUUCACGCUGGCGUCGCUGGCCGACGCGCCAAAGUACUCGCUCGCCUCUGGCAUCGGGCACAACGUCAGCAGCCUGCUGCGCACCGCCACGGCAGAGUACAACCGUGCGCUUGACCCCGCGCUCGAGGCGUUCGAGGCCGAGUUCCCCGAGGCGAAUGCGAUGCUGUUUGACUGGGAGGGCCUGCAGGCCAUUGUCGGGAGAAUGCCCGAGGUGUUUGGCCUCACCGACUGCUCGCGCUUCGAGAUGAGCGUUGCUGGCAGGCCGAUGGAUGCCGGCCGCCAGGGACUGUGCUACCAGGACCCGUCGCACCCGACAUGGAGCAUCGCGCACAUCCUCGCGCAGAGCGUCAACGGGUUCUUGCACCGGCACAGCAGGAGCUUCUGGCUCGGAGACAAGACGGACACGGCGUGGGUCGCCAAGUAGGGCGAGCAGUAGAGACAGACACAUUCAUUACGGACACUGG